CUUCUCUCACAACUCAAUAAUCUCUACUUUCUUUAAGAGAAAAGAUUCAUUCAUUUAUUCCUUUGCAAGAACAAAAAUAUAUCAUUCAUUUCAUUCUUUCAUAUUAGACAAAUAAAACCAGCUCCAUUCGAUUAACAACACUAAAAAAAGAUCUUCCAGUCGAUUUAAAAGGCGAAAAAGCUUAGAAAUCGUUUAUAAACAAUGACGCUAAAGAGGAACACUUACUCGAAGAAAAACUCGUUCGGCCGUUCUGAUUUUCCUGAGGGUUUCCUCUUUGGGACAGCUUCAUCGGCUUACCAAUAUGAAGGAGCUAUAAAUGAAGCUCCUCGUGGAGAAAGUGUUUGGGAUACAUUUGUUCGCAAAUAUCCAGAGAGAAAUUGCUACUCUAACGCAGACCAAGCGGUUGAGUUCUAUAACCAUUACAAGGAAGACAUCCAGAGAAUGAAGGAUAUUAACAUGGAUGCUUUUAGAUUCUCUAUCUCGUGGCCUCGGAUUUUGCCUCUUGGAAAGAAAAGCAAGGGCGUGAACCAAGAAGGAAUCAAUUUUUACAACGAUCUCAUCGAUGAACUCUUAGCUAACGGAAUCACACCUCUUGCUACUUUAUUCCAUUGGGAUACUCCUCAAACCCUUGAAGAUGAAUAUAACGGAUUUCUAAGCGAAGAAGCUGUUAAUGACUUCAAAGAUUUUGCGGCCUUAUGUUUCGAAGAAUUUGGGGACCGUGUGAAAUUGUGGGUUACAUUAAACGAGCCAUGGGUCUAUAGCAUUGGUGGCUAUGACACAGGAAGAAAAGCGCCCGGACGUGCCUCCAAGUACAUGAACGAAGCAGCUGUAGCUGGAGAAUCUGGCCUUGAGGUUUAUACCGUUAGUCACAAUCUACUUCUUGCUCACGCAGAAGCCGUUGAAGUCUUCAGAAACAAUCCCAAAUGUAAAGAUGGCAAGAUUGGUAUCGCGCAUUGUCCCGUAUGGUUUGAGCCUUAUGACUCAAACUGCCCUGAUGACAAAGAAGCAUGUGAAAGAGCCAUGCAAUUCAUGUUUGGAUGGCACAUGGAUCCAACGGUGUACGGAGAUUACCCUGAAGUGAUGAAGAAAUCGAUCGGGAAAAGAUUACCCUCGUUUACCGCAGCCCAAUCCAAGAAGCUAAGAGGUUCUUUUGACUUCGUUGGAGUGAAUUAUUACAGUGCUUUCUACGUUAAAAGUAUUCCUGAAGUGGACCACAACACUCCCAAUUGGAGAUCGGACGCACGCAUCGAAUGGAGAAAACAAAACAAAGCAGGACAGACAUUAGGAGUAAGAGGUGGUUCAGAAUGGGACUUUCUAUACCCACAAGGGCUUCGAAAGUUUCUAAACUAUGCUAAGGAUAAAUACGAAAGCCCUAAAUUCAUGAUCACUGAAAACGGACAUUGUGAUAUAGAUUACGAGAAAAAACCAAAGCUUUCUAACUUGAUGGAUCUCCAAAGGACAGAGUACCACAAGAAACAUCUCCAAAGCAUCCAACAAGCCAUCCAGGAGGAUGGGGUUGAAGUGGAAGGAUACUUUGCAUGGUCGUUACUAGACAACUGUGAAUGGAACGCAGGUUAUGGAGUCCGAUAUGGUCUCUUCUACGUCGAUUACAAAAAUGGACUAAAACGUUUUCCUAAAAUGUCUGCCAUGUGGUUCAAAGAGUUCUUGAAGAGAGAAGAAGAGAUGGGAGAUUCUGAGGAAGAAGAGUACUUGCUUAACGUUGCAACAAAGAAGAAGAGAUUCUUAUUAGCAACUGGCUCGGCCUCGUGUUUUAUUCCUAAGAUGUCGGAAUCUUCUAAGGCCCUCGAAUUAUUUUUCUAGAUUUAUACUAUUUUUAUAUUUGUUGUGUCAAAAGCUUUGAAGAGGAACAAAAAAUAAACAAAAAAUGAACCCUUAGCCCUCUUUGUUGAACAUUCGUUAAAGAGGAGGAUUUAACCAUUUUAUAGAUAUAAUUAAGCACAAUUUCUU